UCCUCACAUUCACACACCAUUUCACACACACACACACACACACACACACUUAGACACACAUAAACUGACAGCAGCUUCCCUUAGGCUUACCAUGACAGUCUUUUCUCACUUCUGAUUCAAAAAGAAAGGCAGGAAAAAGAACGCACCACUCACAGCAGGGGCUGACAUACGGGAAACUGCCAUUGUGUCACCGACUAACAAGUCACUACGGUGAAAGUGCUGAUCUGGGAGCAGUUGGAAGGACAAAAUGGGUCUUUGGACAGCCCUGAUUCUGGCCUGGCAGCUGCUAUCAAAACUUUGCUUACACGUGGAAGCCCAGGCAUUGGUCUAUGAUCUGCUCACUUCGCCUGAUUGCCUGCCAGACCUGCUGCAGGGGGGUCUGGCAGAGCAAGGCGUGAACGAGGCUUUCAUCCUCGCCUCCUUCAAGUUGCAGCCCAAGACCGGAACCACCGUGUUUGGCCUGUACAACCCCAGGGACAACAGCAAGUACUUUGAGUUCACCGUGAUGGGGAAGCUCAACAGAGCUGUGUUACGCUACCUGCGGAGUGACAAGAGGAUGAGCUCAGUAACCUUCAACAACCUGGUGCUGGCAGACGGCCAACAGCACCGACUGUUGUUCCACCUGAAGGGGCUGCAGCAGCAGGGGCCAGGCGGGGUGGAGCUGCAUCUGGACUGUAGGCUGGUGGAGACAGUCAGGGAUCUCCCAGCUGCCUUCCAGGGUUUACCAGCAGGCUACGGUACUGUGGAGCUGAAGAUCAUGCAGGCCAGAGACCAGGAGAGUUUGGACGAGCUCAAGCUGGUGGUCGGGGACUCAUUUGAGAACGUUGCUUCGAUACAAGACUGCCAUUUCCAACAAAGAGACUCCGUCCAGAGUCUGGGGGUCAACACGAAGCAGCUGUCCAAUCAAAUGCUGGAGUUAACGAAGGUGAUAAAUGAGCUGAAAGACGUCCUCAUUCAGCAGGUCAAAGAGACCUCAUUUCUCAGAAACACCAUUUCAGAGUGUCAGGCCUGCGGUCUGGGUGGCACUGAGGUGGUGAAACCAAGGUGUGCCCCAGGUGUGUGUUUCCGUAAUGAUAUGUGUAUAGAGACAACGGAUGGUGUGGAGUGUGGACCCUGUCCUGAUGGAUACACUGGGGAUGGUUUCAACUGUGAUGAUGUGGACGAGUGCCAGUUUAACCCCUGCUUCCCCGGAGUGAAGUGUGUAAACACUGCCCCGGGGUACCGCUGUGACGUCUGUCCGCUGGGCUACACCGGACUGGCAGUGGAGGGUGUCGGCAUAUUGUUCGCCCAGACCAACAAACAGGUCUGUGACGAUGUCGAUGAAUGCAAAGCACCCAACAACGGAGGCUGCACUGCGAACUCCAUCUGUCACAACUCUGUGGGCUCUUACCACUGCGGCAGCUGUAAGACAGGUUUCGCAGGAGAUCAGUUGAAGGGCUGCAAGCCAGAGCUCAGCUGUGGGAACAGCCUGACCAACCCCUGUGAUAUCAACGCACAGUGUGCUGUAGAGAGGGACGGAUCCAUCUUUUGUCAGUGUGGAAUCGGCUGGGCAGGUAACGGUUACCUGUGUGGAAAAGAUACUGACAUUGAUGGAUACCCCGAUGAUAAACUUAAGUGUAAAGAUGCAAGCUGUAAAAAGGAUAACUGCAUCUUUGUUCCUAACUCUGGUCAAGAGGACGCCGACAGGGACGGUAAAGGUGACGCCUGUGAUGAAGACGCAGAUGGUGAUGGUAUACUGAACGAGCAGGACAACUGCUGGUUGAAGCCCAAUGUGGAUCAGAGGAACAGUGACAAGGACAGCCACGGCGAUGCCUGUGAUAACUGUCGCAUGGUGGAGAACCCUGACCAGAGGGACACCGACAGUGACGGCAAAGGGGACGCCUGCGAUGACGACAUGGACGGAGACGGCCUCAAGAACUUUCUGGACAACUGCCAGAGAGUCAAAAACAGAGACCAGCUGGACCGGGAUGGAGAUGGAGUUGGAGAUGCCUGCGACAGCUGCCCUGACAUCCCCAACCCAAACCAGUCCGAUAUUGACAAUGACCUGGUAGGAGACUCUUGUGACACAAAUCAAGACAGUGAUGGUGACGGCCACCAGGAUACCAAGGAUAACUGCCCACACGUAAUCAAUAGCUCCCAGUUGGACACAGACAAGGACGGAAUGGGUGACGAGUGUGAUGAUGAUGAUGACAACGAUGGGAUCCCUGAUACUCUGCCACCGGGACCAGACAACUGCAGACUUGUACCAAACACAGACCAGACUGAUGACAACGAUGAUGGAGUUGGAGAUGUGUGUGAGUCUGACUUUGACCAGGACAAGGUGAUUGACAGGAUUGACAACUGUCCUGAGAAUGCUGAGGUUACCUUGACUGACUUCAGGGCGUAUCAGACUGUGGUGCUCGACCCCGAGGGUGACGCUCAAAUUGACCCCAACUGGGUUGUUUUGAACCAGGGAAUGGAAAUUGUUCAGACCAUGAAUAGUGACCCAGGACUCGCUGUUGGUUACACUGCUUUCAGCGGAGUGGACUUCGAGGGCACAUUUCACGUGAAUACAGUCACUGAUGACGACUAUGCCGGGUUCAUCUUCGGCUACCAGGACUCAUCAUCCUUCUACGUGGUGAUGUGGAAGCAGACUGAACAGACUUACUGGCAGGCGACACCGUUCAGAGCUGUUGCCGAGCCUGGCAUCCAGCUUAAGGCUGUAAAGUCUAGAUCAGGCCCAGGGGAGCACUUGAGAAACUCUCUGUGGCACACAGGCGACACCAACGAUCAGGUGCGUCUGCUGUGGAAAGACCCCAGAAAUGUAGGCUGGAAGGACAAGGUGUCCUACAGAUGGUACCUGCAGCACCGCCCACAGGUUGGAUACAUCAGGGCCCGGUUUUAUGAGGGAACUGAACUAGUGGCUGACUCUGGAGUGAUAAUUGACACAACCAUGAGAGGAGGACGACUCGGCGUGUUCUGUUUCUCCCAAGAAAACAUCAUCUGGUCUAAUUUGAAAUACCGCUGCAAUGACACAAUCCCAGAGGACUUCCAGGAGUUCAGUAAUUAGUGCUCUGUCAGCUCACUCUUAAAUGGAGACAAGAUGAUGACACCAGAUCUUAAAAGAAUGCUGUGUGUGUGUGUGUGUGUGUGUGUGUGUGUAUGCCUUGUGCGUCUGUUUAUCUUUGUAUUAAUGUGUACAGAUUCUGUGCAAAUAUGUCCAAAACUUUUGGACUGUAUGUGUCUAUUAUAAUGUCUGUGUUAUUUCCAGAAAUAAUGCAACGCCACAUGAAGAGCAACUGACACAAGGGAUAACAUAAAACAUAACAUAUGGCUAAUAAUGGACGUGUAAUGCUAAUUUAGUGACUUUCAUUCCGCAGAGUUGUAUCACACAAAGCACCUACCUAUUCAAAUACAUCAUGAUUUUUUUUUUUUUCAGUGAAAUGAUUAAAAGAAAAAGCAUUUUGCUCCUAAUAUUGAGGCUUUUUCCUUUAGAUAAGUGCCAUAAACAUGUUCAAACAACUGGAAGAGAAAACAGAACCUGCCUGAAACAACGUUUAACUAAUGUGUCUACAUUCUGAUCAUGCACAGGCUGUAUUUGUUGACAAUGACAUUGUCAUUUGACUCCUUUUUUGGGAGACAAAGAAAAGACUGUGCCGUGUCUCUAACUGUAGAUGAUUAACUUAAAACUCAUUGUAACCUUGUUUUCUCUCUCCAUACUUUGUCCUUUGAAUAUUGAUCAUUUCAUAUCAGUGUAUUCAUGAACCAGAUCAAAAUAAAGGACUUUACAAAGUGGAA